AUGUCUUAUUACCGCCAGACUCUGCACGACGUCGGCAUGGACGGAAAUUCUGCAGUUGCUGCUUCCUAUAUUCCAGCCCACGGGCGCGGGCCUCAUACCUCUCAUCUUUCUGCUCACGGUGAUCCCAACGCUAUGCUCAAUUCAUUUGCCAAUAUGGGUCUCGGCGGCAUGAACAUGCCUAGCGGCGCUGGUCCUGUUCCCAUGGGUCCCGGUCAUGGCUUCAUGAUGGGCUCCGAUGGACAGUUCGUUAUUGCACCAAUGUCCAGUGCAGGCCAACAUCUCAGCAUGGGCCACAACAACGACGCUCACUACCAGGGCUUCUCGAUGCCGCAUGGUGGCUACGUUGCCCCAUACGUCGGCGUUCCUCUUCCCCUUAUGCCUUAUACUCCUGGUCGUGCUAAUGCUGGUCACCAUCGUUUGGAGAGAGGCCAUUCAGAUGUACCUGGUCUUGAAAACCGUCGCGGCUCGUACUCUACUACCGAGUCGACUCCCGCCACUCCGUUCUACGGUGCCGUCUCCCAGCGCGACAACGGACCUCGCGUCGCGAGCCUUGAUCGGUCUGCUUACACCACCCCUUCACCUCAGCAGAUUGGACUCCCGAAUAUGCAUAACGAUGCCCCAAAGGCAACCUUUUCUGCCGUUGCGGAAGCUGCCCUUGAUGAACUUCUCAAGAAGGAGCCCGCCAUCCCCAAGGCUGUUCCCGCCGUUUUCACCCCGCCGAAUCAGAUGAAGUCUGUUGAGCAGAGUCUUGAUAAUAGAAUCCCCGGCAACCGCAAUGUUUACAUCCGUGGUCUGCACCCGACCACUGAUGACGAGCUUUUGUUCCAUUUUGCGUCUCGCUUUGGCGGUGUCGAGACUUCCAAGGCCAUCAUUGACACUGGUACUGGUGCUUGCAAAGGAUUCGGCUUCGCAAAGUUCUUUACUUGCGAAGACUCCGAGAUGUGUAUUCGAGGCUUUCACAAGCUCGGAUACGAAGUGGGAUUUGCCCGGGAGUCUUUCAACUCUCGCCUGAAGGCCGAGGGUGACGAGGGGUCUACCAAUUUGUACAUCUCUAACCUACCCAAGACCCUGACUGAAGUGGAGCUUGGAACCAUCUUUCUUGGCUACACCAUUCUUUCCAGCAAAAUUCUACGAGACAGUAUGGGUAACAGUCGUGGCGUCGGCUUCGCUCGCUUCGAGACACGCGACGUUUGUGAUGAAAUCAUUAGAAAAUUCAACGGCGUUGGCAUUGGCGAAGAAGGCUUGCUGAUGAAUAUUCGCUACGCCGACACUCCAUCACAGAAAGAGCUCAAGCGAGUCACUGCUGAGCGCCGUCAAUUUCGCACCAAUGAAUACAACAUCGGUGCAUAUGGUACCCCGUUGGUUGGGUUGAACCCAACUUUAUACAAUCAACAGUCGCAGUGGCGUCGCUCCAUUCCGCAGUCACGGAGUGGCUUGUCAGCGUCCUCGAACGGCGAUAGCAGUGCCAUGAGACACUCGGGUGCCGCACGCGGCCUUUCCGAGGCGGCUACAAGCUCGAGCACGGACGCUGCUAUCUCUACCCCCACUACUUCCGAGUUCGAUGAGGGCACGACGAUUCACGCCGAUCCUGCCGCAGCCGCUGUUGUGAAGAAAGAGAACGUGCCGACUUCGCCCUCUCUCACCAAGAAAGAGCCGGCUCACUAA